AUGGUCUAUAAUGCGUUGCGGCGAUCGAGAAUUCUUAUAUUAGCACUUCUAAUCUUGAUAGGAUAUCUCACAUACCAUCUGAAAAAUCGACUGCCUCCGCCCAUACAGAUCUCAGAGUUUGAUAUAGUCGGUGCCCGAAACUCGUUUAUCAAUCCUAUCUACGAAAAAUGGAACUAUAAGAAAAACGCAAAAUCUAUAAACAAAUAUGAAUAUCUCAAAGACGUGCCGUUGGAAUCUGUUUGCACAGCUUAUUUCGAUGAACUUUCGAAAUUGUACCCCGGAAAUCCUGGACCCACUAUUGUUGAUUUGGAGGAGAUACAAGGCACCAAAUACGACUCGACAGUAUUCAAGAAACAGAAGUGGGUUUCGGCUAGAAGAAGAAACAAAAUUAUCAGCUUUCGAGGCUCGUCGGGAAGAAUGUCUCAGGAAGAUAUUAUCCAGAUUGAGCUCGAUUAUGCAAAGACAUGUCAAACUGUUUCACAGCAAGAAAGAUCUGUAUUCAACCAAUUUGCUCAUGCCAGAGUAUUUGGCAAAUGUAUUUUAGGAAAUCAGAACAGGAGCUCAGAACAGAUCCAGAAACUCGAUGUGUUGGGCUCUAAGUUCGAAAAGAAACUCUACCCAUGGGUUUCUCAAGAAAUACCUACAUUUGAGAGUUGGCUGGGUGAGAUGUUGAAAAAGGGCAAAAUUCCUGUUCUUGAUAAUGUAAAAUUCGAUGCUUAUCAAGAAACUCAAGUGUUCCUCAAAGAUUGGCAGAGCAAGAGUAAUGGAAGGGGAAUUGUAAUACCUAUUCUCCCAACUUCUUCAAGAAGUAUUCAAGUCGAGAAUAUUGCCAGAUUAAUAAAAGUGUUGCGAGGUCUAAAGAACACCUUCCCAAUUCAAAUAACUCAUGUGGGGGACCUCCUGGACCUGGAAAAGAAGAUAAUUGCUACGGCUGCCAGAACAGAAGUAUCCCGUUUACCUUCUUCUCAUAAAAAAGUGUGGUUCGUAGACUUAACUCCAGUAAAGAAUAAAAUAAAGCACCCUCUCGUUGCAAAGAGCUCCGCCUAUAAUAGUGCCCAAUUUGUCCUUGCAUUGAGCACUAUUUUUAAUUCCUUUGAAGAAUCACUUGUGCUCUUAUCAUCUUCCAUUCCAUUAGCAGAGCAAUUAGAAAAGACUUUCUUUGAGAAUAAAUCCUAUAAGGAACAUGGAAUUUUGUUAUUCAAGAGACCUUCAUACUACACAAGCAAGAUCAGAAGAUUCAAACCAGGAUUUCACGAGCUCACCAACCUCAUUCGUCAAUAUAUGACUCCUUCUCAGAAUGACAAAGAUUUCUUUGGUCUUAAUUUGAGAAAUCCCGAAGUUGAGUCUUCGAACAGAGUAUACGAAGAAAGCUUCCAGAAUUUGUUGGAUCCUUCAGUAAUGGUGAUCAACAAGACGAAAGUAUUGAGUGGGUUGUUGAUGGGAGCGAAUUUCCAAUUAUAUGAUCUCUUCAAGCUAAGAUUUGCUCCUGUCGAGGACGAUUUGAAUCCUGAGUUCGUUUGGAUAGGACAAGAGUUGGCAGGAACCAAUGUAAAGGUCAAUUUCAAUCAUAAUUACGGAGUAAUUGCUGGCAUUCUAACUCCAGAAGAGAACAAGAGUCCUGUUGCAUCUUCUGCCAUAGAAUUAUGCUCCUCAUCAUGGGCCCAACUUUCGGAUGUUGACGACUACACACUCUUGUAUGUUACUUCUCACCAAUUAGAGAAUUGGAUUUACGAGGGUAUGACAUUCAAAGAAAACCUAAAAGGCAAGUAUGCAAUGAAGAAAACUGAAUUGGUCGAUAAUGUGUUCAAGCCUGGAGAAGAAAAUAACAAGGUAGAGGUAAUUAAAGAAGAUACUACAAUGUUUCAGGAGAAGGUGGUAGCAAACCCAUUAUUUAUCGACACCAUAUUGCGUCCACCCAUAAUUAAGAAGCCGAUAUACACCUCUGAAUUUCAAGAACCUAACCAGGCGUGGUUGAAACAGGAUAAAUUCGCAGGUUUCUCGGGCCAUCAGUACUACUGUGCCUAUGAUGUAGUUGGGCUGCCUGUGACAGGUGAAAGAGGAUUGACUAUUAGUGUUAAUGAUAAGCUACAAGCUUGGUAUAAGUAUGUUCUUGACGUAUGG